UCCUUCUCGCCUCUCCUUCCCCUGCUCGCCGGCUCCGCUCUUGCCCCUUCCCCGUUUAAGGUGGCCCCGCGGGAUGCGCUGCGCGCAGGAGCCGGCUGCGGGCGGCCCUCGGCGCUCCCCCACCCCCGGCACGGGGUGGCCUUAAAUCGGCUCCGCGCCGCGCGUACCCGCAUCGCCGGCGCCGUCUGAAGGCGGUCGCCACCAUCCGCGCCGACGGGCCGGUCCCUGUCCCGGGAGUCCCGGUCCCCCGGCGGCAGGGAGGACCCACCUCCGCCCGGCGGCGGGCGAUGCUCCCCCGGCAGCCCCCGGCCCGGUGCCGCCCCUCGCCCGGCGCUCCGGCAUCUCCGCCGUGACCGGCGCUUCUCGCCAGGCUCCUAAUGAGCAUCGCUGUGGUAGCGAGGAAGUCCUCCGGGAGAAGUACUUGUCAUCAGAAAGGUAGAGAGAUGCCUGGGCAUUGGAAGCUCUCUGCAGCAUGCUGAGGAGACGUAACCUUCUGACCACGAUCCUGAUUGCCUUGCCAUGGGCUCUUCUCCUAACCUUGUGGCAUCAGUACCCAACCACCCACUACCUCAGCCUGCUGAGAAAAGAGACAGAUGAGAACGUGACCUCUAAAGCUUUCCUCAAUGGUACAUCUGCACUGAGAGAAGGCGGCCUCCCAUCAUGCAUUCGGCAGCAGCAAAGCACAGGGGCAACGCCAAGAGUCAUCCAGAGUUAUGUGUACUCCAGGCCUCCCCCAUGGUCAGACACCCUGCCAACCAUCUUUGUUAUCACCCCUACCUACACCCGGCCAGUGCAGAAAGCUGAGCUGACCCGUCUGGCCAACACCUUCCUACACGUGCAGAACCUGCACUGGGUGGUGGUGGAGGACUCGCCCCGCAGGACCAAUCUGGUAUCCAACCUGCUGGAGAAGGCAGGGCUCAACUUCACCCACCUCAAUGUGGAGACACCCAAGAGUCUGAAGCUGGGGCUGUCCUGGAUCCCAUCCCACACCCCAAGGGGGACACUACAGAGGAACCUGGGGCUGCACUGGCUGAGGGACAGCUUCAGCAACACCGCACCACCAGAAGGGGUAGUGUAUUUUGCCGAUGAUGACAACACCUACAGCCUGGAGCUCUUUGAAGAGAUGCGCUACACAAGGAGGGUGUCAGUCUGGCCCGUGGCUUUCGUUGGGGGGCUGCGAUAUGAAUCCCCAAAAGUGAGCCCAGCAGGGAAGGUGGUGGGCUGGAAAACCGUCUUUGACCCGAACCGGCCCUUUGCUAUUGACAUGGCUGGAUUUGCUAUCAGCAUCAAGCUGAUUCUGGAGAAGCCUCAGGCCAGUUUCAAGCUGGAGGGAGUUAAAGGAGGCUACCAGGAAACCAGUCUGCUGAAGGAUCUAGUGACUAUGGAUGGGCUGGAGCCCAAAGCAGCCAACUGCACUAAGGUGUUGGUGUGGCACACAAGAACUGAGAGGCCCACUCUGGUUAACGAAGGCAAGCGUGGAUUUACAGACCCCAGAGUAGAGGUGUAAGCAGAGAGCCAGCUCCAGGGUAGGCAGCGGGCAGUGAUCGCUCCCAAAGUCUGUCAUCAACCCCAGUGGCCUGUUCUGCCCAGCUCUGCUUCACUGCUGGAGGAUGCUAAACACCCCCAAGCCUCACCACACCGAUCCGCUCCCGCUGCCUGAAAGGUGGUAACAAGCAGGGACAGAGCUGAUGUGGUGCCCUGCGAUCCUACAGCUCUUCACCCUUGACUUCAUGCACUGGCUCCCAUUGCCCACUUGGGAGAGGAGUGUUUCCCUUCCCCUGUGGGCUCUGUGUUUUUAACUACUCAUUAGAAUUUAUUACAUGUGAUCUCCAUUCUCGGCUGUGCCAGCAUAGAGGCUGAAAUCCAGGAUGGGUCUCUGAAGGUCUCUCCUGGCAUAACGUAAAGCCUGAGCUUCAGUGGUUCAAGGACAGGAGUUAGCACAAAAGCACAAACGUGGACCUGCUGGCCUGAGGCUGGUACACUCUCAAAACAGCUUUAAAACAAAGCUAGCCCGAGAGAGGGUCUCCCUCUGAAGGAUGCACAUAGAUACCUACACAGAUCAGCCUUCAGUACUGGAGAAGGACCAGCGCUGAAGCACAUCAUUUGGGGUUUGGGAGUUCCAAAGGGAUCUGGUGCCUACGCCCCAGCUGAGAACUUGAACUGCCCUCACUUAAGGUUGUUUUGGAAAAUGCUGUCCCCCAUCUUCAGGCCCAGAACCCUCUGGAUUAAGUUCCUCUCCCACUCAGGGAGACCCAGCAGGUACCAUGUCUCCUUAUCUCGCUGCAGAGACCAGAAAGCAGGGGCAAAGAUGGGUGGACCUGAAAGUGUUGUUCCUCACCUUGAAGCCUUCGGUAGCCUCAAAUCACAUAUACAGUCUUGCUUCCCAGGCCUGCAGAGAGGAAGACACCUCUUUGAGAUGGAGGUGGGUGAGAAAUGCUCAGAGAAGAGGAAUUCGCAGCCUGCACUCAUCUCCUGUAAGCACAGAGAGGAAUGUGGAGUGGCAUCAGCGGGAACCUUAUCUUGAGCACAUGGAUGCCAACUGAAAUAGCAAAUGUGACAAUGUUUUCCAGUUGAACUCUGAAAGGCAUGCGUGGCGCUGUGAAGAGAGAGGAGACAGUGUCAUGCAGAAGGGUUUCCCUUUCCCUCAACAACACAGGAAGGCAGCCAGGUGGAAGGCAGCCCACAAAGGAGGAGGUGACAAAUGAGGACUGAAGGAAGGAUGCACCAGAUUAAAAGCACAAGUGUUGGUACCAUGUGUGUGUGCGUGGGGAGUGGUGUCGCUGUGACUUUUCCAGGAAGAAUCCUCGAAUGACCCAGAAACCCCUCUGAGCAUAUCCUGACAUCCAUCUUCACUCAGGCCAUGAGAAACAAGGCUUUAGGCAUUCAAAACACAUCAAGGGGGAAAGCUACGAGCAAUUGAGUCAUCCCCCAACCCAAGAGAUUCUGGGCUGGCAGGAAACGUAUUUAUUUGUUGAUUUAUUUAUACCAGAAUUCUUCUCUGCCUGUUCCUUGUUUAGUUUUGGGGUUUUAGCUUAGGUCACCUGAGGUGUUCCUGAAGAAAGAACAUUUCCCCCCUCGCCGCGGAGCAGCAGAGCCUGGUGUUCACCGAUGAAUGUCCUAUGUUCUGCACUCCUUGGGGUUUCUUCACAAUGGUGUCUUAAGCACCAUUAAAAACCAUCUUAAACACGUCAAAAACACAGCAAGGAAGGGAAUUACAGUUCCUUUAUGCAAGAGAUGUGGGUGGGUGGCACUAAGCUUCUGGCCCCCAAGCAAAGUAAAGAACAUGUGCAAAGGAGGGCUUCACUCAGCGGAUAGUCCCCAUGAGAUCUCAGGAAGCCUCCAUGAAGGGAGCUCUUUGAAGGCUAUCUGAAUGAGGAGGUCAGUCCAUGUUUCCUCAAAUGGGGAAUGAGCAGUCCUAUAUCCUGCUAUAGGAGGCGGGCUAAAGCACAGGAAGGGGCAAAGGGGGUGAGAUGCCUCCUGUCAGAGAAGGAGGCAGGAGAAAUCAAAGUUAGAGCAGCAAAUAGAGAAAUGGAGACUGUGUUUAGUGAGGCUGAGGCUGGGGUCCCUCUGAAUGAACACACCCAGCACUACAAGGCCACCCUGCCAGCCAUCACAGCGUGAAGGAAUACUGAAUGGGCCAUAACUUUUGUCUCCUCUGGGCCCUGGGAAGGUUCUUACAGAGAAAGGGUCUGGCAUACUGGCUCUGGAUAGCAUGAAGGAAGCCCAGCAUCCACAAAACACUUUUCAUUCUCCCUGUGUCAGAGCUUUGUGCCCUGUCUUCUGCACAAGGUAGCAGGCCUUGCACUCCGGUGCUUUGCCAACCCAUCUUGCCACCGGGCAGGUGGGCUCACUGCUUCCACCCAGCAUUAAACCAAGUCCCCUUCUUUGUGGUUUCAAUGAAUGAGCAAGAGCGAGGGAAUAAAGGAGUUGAUUUGUGAUCCUCCAUUUCCUCCUCUGAGAUGGGCAGGGUUUCUGCCCGCAUGAACAGGGGGGGAUAUGGUGAUUAAUUCCCUGGACUCUGCUCUCACACAGGUUCUACGCAGGGGUUUGGCACUGACAGUGGGUGUUUGUAGCAAGGAUCUAUUCCCAUUGCAAAGGAUACCCCCACGUACAUGCUUUUAGAAAGCUGUUCUCUCUGCAUCCCUAUAAUAAAGCAAAAUUAUUAUUCCUGGUUUUUCCCACUGGGGACCUGGAUUGCAGUGAUAGGCACUACACCAUCAGUUCAGUGCCGGUCAGCAUCUGCUCUCAAGACCAGCCCUAUCGUGCCAUCUCCGUUCUUGCCCCAGCCUGGCCCUGUGGAGGAGACCUUCUGUGAAUCAAGAAUCAGCCACAGGACCAAGACCUUGUUUGGACAGUGUGGAUGGACACAGCUGAUAUUGCAGGCUAGCAGACAUUUGGACCUGCUCAGCACUAAUACUCUUUUCCCUGUAGAGCAGCUUAAGGACUGCUGCUUGCCAGGGUGUAUCAGCUAAGGGUAGGUAACAGACCUCACAGGUUAAGAGGGUUGUUUGUUGGCAGGGCUGGGUGGAAGAGCCAGAGCCAGAGUUCCAGGCUGCAGGGGAAGUAAGGAUGGAAGCUGCAGGUGAAGCCUGAAGCAUUUAAAGAAGAGAAGGUAUCCCCACGCCUGGUUUUUACUAGCAUAUUAGUAUCUGAUAUUCAUGUUCUCUGAGAUUCAUCCAAUUCACCAACCAGUGAAUAUUACUAACAUUUCCUGUUGCAGAAAAUACUGUUGAUGAAGGAAAGAGAAUGUCAAGAAAGUACUUUUUAAUGGUUAUUUAUUUAUAUUGAAUGCUACUAGAGCGUUAUUAAAUAUGAUGUGAAUAGUACGAUAUUA